GCGAUAGUACGGCGUAAGACUCGGAACCGGUUGGUCGCGUGACGGGUGACGGCGCCACCCGAACGAUGCCGCGUACGCGUCCCGAACUUUUCCGAACUUCGAAAUUCGAGUGACAUUCGAAAUUCAAACAUUUAAAUGACUUGUCAGUGAGUGAUAAAAAGUUAGCGUGCUGGCCAGUGAUUGAACAAAAAGUUGUUAACCAUGUGAAUUGUCGAUACAGUGGAAAUUGUGCUCAAUUCGGUGGCAGUAUGGUGGAUGUUGGUGUUAAUGAGUGUGAUAACACCGCGAAUGGGAAGAACCAAUUUGUGUGUCUGGUGCUUGUGCAUUUGCUCCUUAUUGGACUGAACGGGACUAAUGCACAAAACCGAGCACCCCGCAUCAAAGAACACCCCUCCAACACGGUGUCGGGCAGAAGCGAACCUGCGACCCUACGGUGCGUGGUGGAAGGCCGGCCCAAGCCAGUGGUACAUUGGUACAAGGAUGGGUUGGCACUGCCACCAGCUGAAGACGGACAUAGGGUCCUGUUGGAGGAUGGAUUGCUGUUUUUAAGGGUGAAUCGAGGCAAGAAAGAAAGCGACGAAGGAGUGUAUUGGUGUGUAGCAAGGAAUUUGGCUGGUGAAGCAGUCAGUCACAAUGCUUCUUUAAAUGUUGCCAUGCUCCGUGAUGACUUCAGAGCAGAGCCCACAGAUGUUGUGGUGGCGGCUGGAGAACCAGCUCUGAUGGUUUGUUCACCUCCUCGAGGUGUGCCAGAACCUUCAGUGCACUGGCUCAAGGACGGACAGCCUUAUGACGUAGAAGUGAAUGGCAGGGUGACAGUAACAGAUACAGGAAACUUAAAAAUUGUAGAAACCUUACCGACGGACAGCGGCCUAUUCCGAUGUGUGGCCUCGAACAUAGCGGGCGAACGACAGUCAAGAGCCGCCGGGCUAAUUGUUUUACGACGGCCACAUUUCGUCGUCAAACCCAAUAACAUCACAGCUUUAGUAGGACAAACCGUAGAAUUUAAUUGCCAGAGUUACGAUACGAAUGUAAAAAUAACUUGGGUUAAAGAGGAUAGUCCGUUGCCGUCGCACGCCACAAUAAUUCGAGGACUAUUGCGAUUGGAGCAUGUAUCUGCGGCCGAUGCGGGCAUCUAUUCCUGUCGAGCUGAUAGCCAAACUGGUUCGAGCAUCACGAGCGCCACUCUCACCGUUUACUCGUUACCGCACUUCACGCAGAUACCGUCGAAUUUGACCGCAUGGGAGGGCGAUGUGGUGUCGAUACCCUGUGAAGCGAAAGGGUUACCGACUCCAACCACGUUUUGGAUACUAGAAGGGAAUCAGGACUCGCUGCUUUUCCCCGAAUGCAUGAAAAGCAAUUCUAGCUUGCUGUAUUUAGAUGAGGCAAAGGCGGCGCACAGCGGUAGAGUAAUUUGCACAGCGGUCAACGCAGCUGGAAGCAUUAUGCAGGAGGCUUAUCUUACUGUGCUCAAGAAAGGGAAUAAUGAAUUAAAGGAACCCUCUUCGGGACAGGACUUAACUAUCUUGUACGAACGGGAGGCGCACAUGACGCAAUAUGAACUUGUUCAAGCGAGAAAAUAUCUGCAGCAAAAUGUUUUAGCUAUGCGGAGGGUGGAAGCAUUGUCUUCGACUUCGCUGAAAGUUGUUUGGGAUGUUUUGACGGAUUAUAACGAGUACCUAGAGGGCGUCAAAAUAUGGUAUAAUGGGACGACUCUAAAUUGGCAAACCGCUAUAACUGAGGAGUUUGCUUUACUAAAUGCAUCUCAUCCAGGGACAACCCUAUGUUCAAACGGGUCUUUGACGAACGUGGACAACAGUGGAUCGUCAAGUUACAUUUUGUCUGGACUGAUGGCGUACACUCAGUAUGAUAUAUUUGUCAUGCCAUAUUAUAAAAUGUUACUGGGGAAGCCUUCUAAUUUGAUGUCUGGCUAUACGGAAGAAGAUGUACCAUCGGCGCCGCCCCAGAGUGUGACUGCGGGUGUCAUUAACGCCACUUCAGCCUGGAUCCGAUGGGAACCACCACCUGUGAACACUUGGAACGGGGAAAUCACGGGGUAUUUAAUCGAAAUUCGCGUAAGCGGCAGCAGUGGCGGCAGGGUGGUCGGUCAGAUGUCACUCGGGCCUCGGACCCGCGCGGCCGCAGCCAGCUCCUUGCGGGCUGGUGGGAGGUACACAGCCCGCGCUGCAGCGGUGACCAAGCGAGGACACGGCCCGUUCAGUGUCCCUGUGCAGAUACACAUGUCGCCGACACAGUCGCAGAGGCAUUAUGUGCAGACGGAACCACCAAACGACUCGAGCAUAUCCAACAUAUUCCAAGAGACGUGGCUCCUCGCGCUUGGCCUCAUAUUAUUCACCGUAAUAGCCAUCGGAGUCUUCAGCGUCUAUUACAUCAAGCGUCGCAACGGCACCCAGAGAAAGAAGUCAAAUGGUCAAUCGAUUGUGACGGCGCAACAGUGCUUACUCAAUAAGGACACGAUAUGGUUAAGAGACCGACCAGUCUUCGCAGCUCCGAACAACCCAAGUUUGAACAUGAGCAGCUGCCACCAGAGCCUUUUACACGGCGGACAGUCGACCAGCAUUCUCAGCGUAGAGCCGGAGUACAGUCUACCACAGAAUUCCAUUCAGGGACUAGACACGUCAAGCGUCGACAGGAUGCGACGCGGCCCACCGGAGCCCUACGCUUCCAACGCUAUUUACACCGAACUCAAUUUCAAGGACAACGAGUUGGGUGAUAUGAGGAGCUGUCAAGAAAGGCGGUCGCAUAACAAUAGCAUAGUUAGAUCGUGUAACGGGAGCAUUCAGUACUCAAAUGGCGAAUGUUCGACGUGUUGUCAUAGCACUUCGAGUAGGUCGACGAAGGAUUACAGAGAGCCUAGACAUGAGGUUGUGCAUAACGAGAUAAACGUCAUGGAGGACGAUUGUGUGUCGUGCCACACGAACAGAUCUGGGUCCAGGAGUAGACAGGAUAAAAGCAAAGUGUGCCCGACGAAUGAUUUAGAAUACGACUAUCCUCAGUGGCACUGGCUCGGCAGGGAGAACAGUUUCAAAAUACCCAUACAAGCGGGCAGACACUCGAACGUGGCGAGGUCCGAACAGGGCUGUCAAAUAAAUCUAUGUGAUAUACUGCCACCGCCGCCGUACGAGAGUCCAGAGAAUAAGAACAACUAGAAGAUAGUGAUUUAGGAAUACUCUAAUUAUACAAUUUAUCAUCAAACUUCGCGAAGCAAUAAAUCAAUUACAUAUUGUUUUCAUUCUAUGUAAGUUAGAUUUUGCGUUUCCAGAUUUUAUCCCGGUUUGUUCAAAACACUUGAGAUGUUAAUAAAUUUUAAUGUAUGUAUGUAGAUUUAAAUAAAAUCAGGUAAUCGUUGUAGAAUGCAGUUGUAGCUUGUAUCACGUAUGUAUUGUAGGAACUGAACUUUGAAUAGAUACUAGUAACUAAUUCCUAUUAAUAUUCUAGUCACCCUGUAUAGGACUAGUUUACAAUUUGGUGUAACAUUUUCCCGUAUUUUUACAGUUUGUAUACUAAUGCGAAACUCAAUGAAGGUUGUCCCCUUGACUACAAAAGUAGGUAUAUUAGUCCUGCAUUUCACUGCCAUAUGUUUUUUAGAAUUAUUAGUUGUAUAAUCUUUGACUGUGAUAUUUAUAUUAAAUUUGUGUAUUAGAACUUAAUGUAAUCCUAGUUUUAAUAUCCCUGUCUUAAAGAAAGUUUCUUAACUACUUAUUAUCUGCAUAGGAUUCGAUACUUAUGACGUAAAAAUAAGUUAAAUAUUUGACGUUUAAAUAAGAGUUAGGAGUUACACGAGUUAAUUUAUUAAUAAGGAAGCUUUCUUUGAGCCAGUGCCAAAAAUAAUUAUUAUAAUUAUUAAGACCCUGCAAUACUUUUCAAAUUUUAACUACCUAGAACUCGGUAAUUUCACAAAACAUUUGUAUGAAACGUUUACAAUAUUUUCAGAUUCAAGUAUGUUGUAAACUAAAAUCCUGAAUAUAGAAAAUUUAUAAAAUAUA